AUGACAGAUGAUCAUCUUAACCAUAUUUCCAAUCCUCUUGGCAACCAACACCCGUCACUUGAGGGUCGGACUAGUUUCCUCUAUCACCGUGAGUCGUUAGGAUUAACAAAGAUAAUAUUCUUUCUUUCCUUCUUUCUUUCUUUCUUUCUUUCUUUCUUUCUUUCUACGUUUUCUUUGUUUAUUACUUUCUUUCUAUUUUCCUACUUUUUUCUUUCUUUCUAUUUUCUUACAUUUUCUUUCUCUCUCUCUUUUCUUUCUAUUUUCCUAGUUUUUCUUUCUUUCCCGCUUUCUUUCUUUUUUUUCUUUCUUUUUUCUUACUUUUUCUUUCUUUCUUUCUUUUUUCUUUUUUUUUUUCUUUCUUUCUCUCUUUUUCUUUCUUUCUUUCUUUCUUUCUUUCUUCUUCUUUCUUUCUUUCUUUCUUUCACACUUUCUUUCUUUCUUUUUUGUUUGUUUGUUUCUUUCACUCAUACUUUUUAUUUCCUUACUUUUUUUCUUUCUUUCUUUCUUUCUUUCUUUCUUUCUUUCACGCAUUCUUUCUUUCUUACUUUUUUCUUUGUUUGUUUGUUUGUUUGUUUCUUUUUUUCUUUCUUUCUUUCUCCUUCCUUCCUUCCUUCCUUCCUUUCUAUUUUCCCAAUUUUUUAUUUAACUAGUCUUUCUUUCUUUCUUUCUUUCUUUCUUUCUUUCUUUCUUUCUAACCAUAAACAUUGUAAUUUUUUUUUUUCCCUUCCAUCAUUUCACCCUUUCCUUUUCCUUCUUCUUUCCUCCCUUCUUCCUUCGUUCAUUCCUUCAUUAGUCACUUUCUCUCUUUCUACUUUCAUUCAUUCAUUCAUUCAUUCAUUCAUUUUCAUUUUCUUCUUCCUUUCUUCGUCCCUAUCUUCCUUCAUUUAUUCAUUCAUCACUCCUUUCGUUCCUUCAUUCGUUCACUAUUUAUUACACCUUCUCCCCCCUUCUUUCUUUCUUUCUUUCUUUUUUCAUUCAUCGCUCCCUCUAUUUAUUUCCGUUGUUGACGAAGUUGCUCCCACUGGAACUCUAUUUUAUCUCUUGACUUAUUCAUUCGACUGUCGACCUAUAUUUUCGGCUAAGCAGUCUGUCACAUGA